GUAUUUUCGCUGAGCUGGGUUGUUGUUUACAUCCCGUAGCCGCUCUUCGUACGGCCAUCCCGUGCGCGAGGGGAGCGGCAAAAAUUCUUGUGUAAAAUUUAUCGUCACUAAGUAACUGUUACUAUUGCCUAUUCUUUCUCCUAUUAUCAUUCGAUUAUUGAAUCCACACGGAAUAAAUAGCAAACCAAGUAAACACGAUGAAGGUAACGGUAACCACACUCAGCGACGACAUUUUCGUGCUGGACGUCAUCGAGGAUAUGGAGCUGGAGAGUUUCAAGGCUCUGUGUGAGAUUGAAAGCAAUGUUCCAGUCCACGAGAUGGUGAUCGCUUUCAAUGGUCUACCAUUGAUGAACGACAAGAAAUCGCUGAAAGAUCACGGGAUCCGAGACGGUGACGUGGUGAUUUUGCAACACAUGCAUCAGAGCGGGGCCGAGUUGAACCUUCACCCCUUUAACGGAGGUCAGCUUCAAUACAGCACCAUUAUUUAAAGUGGCAAUCGAGGCGGGUCGUGAGCUAUUCCCAUGUUGGACUUCAGUUCCAUCACAGUGCCAGGAGCAUCCAACAGUCGACAGCCAUCAGCUUCCAGCAGUACUAUAGCCAGAAUGCAAAACCCUAGAAAAGAGGAUGACCCAGAAAUAAUUCGAGACAUGUUCUUAGCUAAUCCGGAUCAAUUAGCAUUGCUUAGCCAGAAUAAUCCUAAACUGGCUAGUGCCUUACUAUCUGGUAACCUUGAAAAAUUUACCACUGUACUUAGAGAGCAAAUAAAAUUGAGAGAAGAACGUGAGGCACAGAGGUUAAGAAUGAUGAAUGCAGAUCCAUUUGAUACAGAAGCUCAAAGGUUUAUUGCAGAGGAUAUCAGGCAAAAAAAUAUUGAAGCAAAUAUGGAAGCUGCAAUGGAAUAUAAUCCAGAAACAUUUGGAUCAGUUGUUAUGUUAUAUAUUAAUUGUAAAGUCAAUGGAUUCCCAGUUAAAGCAUUUAUUGAUACAGGUGCACAAUCAACUAUAAUGUCCGAUGCAUGUGCCGAAAGAUGCCAUAUAAUGCGAUUAGUUGAUUCAAGGUGGGCUGGAAUAGCUCAUGGUGUUGGAACUCAACGGAUUAUUGGACGUAUUCAUAUGGUACAAAUUCAAAUUGGAAAUGACCAUUUAACGACAUCGUUUACUGUGCUUGCGGAACAAAGCAUGGACAUGUUACUUGGUCUAGAUAUGUUAAAAAGACAUCAAUGUUGUAUAGAUUUAAAAAAAAAUGUGUUAAAAAUUGGUACUACUGGUGCAGAGACUCCAUUUUUAGCAGAAGGGGAAUUGCCAGAAUGGCUCAGGUUAAGCGGUUAUAGCGAUGCGAGUAAUUACGAUAUGGAAGAUGAUAAAAACAAAAAAGAAUCUCAAAGGGCAUUAGAGCAUGGUUCUAGAGAUGCAAAAAAACAACGUCGGCAACCUGAUGGCCUAGAAAGCAAUAAUUCAAGUGGAACAUCAAGUAGAUCAGGUCCUAUAGAAACCACAGUUUUUUCCCAUGAUCCAUUCACAGAAGAGACAGUAAAAGAGAUCGAAUCUCUAGGAUUUAACAGAAUAGAAGUUAUUGCGGAAUUACGUAGAUUUAAUGGAGACAAAACUCAAGCCACGGACGCAUUGUUCACAAAAUCCUUAAGACUUUAAAGCAAUAGAGGAGGAAAAAGUAUUGUGAAGGUUUCCAUGUUUGUGCAGUAAAGUUUAGGGAAAGAAGAUUUAUACUUGAUUUUUAGGUAAUGACUUUUUACAUCAAUUAUUGUAAAUUUUGAUGUAUUGGAAACCACACAAUCAAAACUCAUCGCUCAGGCAAGCACUCGUUUCUCGACAUUUAGUAUGAAAUCGUGUUUGUAUUUUAUUUCAUGAAGCAAUUAUAUAGACGCAAUAUUUCAUUUUAGUGACAAAUGACUACUUAUUAGCUAUAUCUUUUUUUUUUUAAUUAGAUUACAGAAAUUUGUAAUAUGAUUUGAAUCUAUGAAGUUAAAAUACUUUGAUAAUCUAAUCUAUCAUUAGCGCAAUAUGUAAAUUUAGGAAUCAAUACAAAAUGAAUUAAAACAAAAUUAGGUUAAUAGAAUUAAUAAUAAGCUUAUUGUUUUUUGUGAAAAUUUUUCCACAUUCAUAGAUAUUCUAUGAGAAUUUUUUACUAGAUUAGAAAAACAAAACAAAAAUAGGCACUUAAGAAAAUAAUAUUUUAUUGAAGAAAUAUAUCACACGAUUUCACGAAUAUUUCGAGCUUCGCGACCAAAAGCUAGCUUGCAAACUUUCAAGAAUAUUAAGUUCCUCCAUUGUAAUUUUAUAAUUUACUAAAAAAGGAUUUUUUGUAACGUAAGUUAAUCAUGUCGACAUAUCGACGAAUUUAUAAAGAUUUUCUAAUUCUUUUUUCUUUUUUUUAAAGGGGCAAACAUUAUGGACAAAAAAAUAGAACUUAUAAAUUUAUAAGAAUUUUUAUUGUUUCGUUUUUAUAAAUAUUCUGAUCAAAACUAUAAAAAGAAUGUGAAUUUUGUAUCGUUACUAUCUAUUUAGGGUAUAUGGUAUUUUUCUGUAUUUUCUUUAUAUUAUAUCGAUAAAAAAA